GAGCCUCAGCGACCAGUCCCCAGCACCCCGACGGCCAUCCGCGCUGGGCUUCCGCUACAGGAGGCGGCCCGGCCCGCAGCCCGAGAGUGAGAGAGAGAGGUCUGAAGAACGAUAGAUUAAUCUGGGAAGGUGAAUGACGCUAAAGGUGUUGAAGAAUUUUGACACUGCAUUUUCUUGUGGACUCUCAUUGCAUGGUUUCUGUAAUCAAAGUAGCAGAAUACGACCUUUUUAAAUAAUGACUUGGGGAAAUUCUACUGAGUAUUUUCCUCUGCAGCAUGGGGGACAUGGAUCAUUUGGUGGAAAUACAAUAGCAGAACACUAACAAAUUGAGAGGAUGGAGGGAAGAUGUGAUGUGUACAACAAAGAAAAUUACAGAUGGUGUAAACUUCAAAAUUUUAAAAUAUAGGAAAGGAAAAAGCAAGCACAGUUACUAAAGAAGAAUACAAAUGCAAAAAAGGUGAACCAUUUCCUGGACUGGCCACAACAUAUUGGUAUUUUUACAAAGUGUUUAGAAACUUGUACUUGUCAACUUGCCAAACUGGUUUUUGCUGCACAUCUGACAGGAUGAACAAGCCAAAGAGAGGCUUUUUGUUGUAUUGGAACAAUAGUGACUGCUGCCUGGUUUAAAGUAAACUUAAGACUGCAUGCAUUUGCCUGACGAAAUGAAAGAAGUGGCAUUCUGGUCACCCAAAGAGGUGGCAAAUUGGCUGAUGGAGAAUGCUGUGCCAGAAUACUGUGAACCAUUGGAAUUUUACACUGGGCAGGAUUUGAUCAAUCUAACUAAGGAGGAUUUUAAGAAGCCACCUUUGUCACGUGUGUCUUCUGACAAUGGACAGAGGUUGUUGUACAUGAUAGAAACUUUAAAAAUGGAGCACCACAUUGAGGCGCACAAAAAUGGGCAUGCCAAUGGUCACCUCCGCAUCAGUACAGAUGUCACCACAAGUGAAAAUGAUUUCAGCACUAAAAUCAAACUGAAUGGGAUGCCAAAUGGAUAUAGGAAGGAGAUGAUAAAGAUCCCCAUGCCAGAGCCAGAGCGUUCCCAGUAUCCUAUGGAGUGGGGGAAGACUUUCCUGGCUUUUCUUUAUGCACUUUUCUGUUUCAUCUUUACCACAGUGACGAUCUCAGUCGUCCAUGAACGAGUGCCUCCCAAGGAGGUGCAGCCUCCCCUACCAGAUGCAUUUUUUGACCGUUUUAACCGUGUGCAAUGGGCCUUUUCUAUUUGUGAAAUUAAUGGCAUGAUCCUUGUAGGACUCUGGUUAAUUCAGUGGCUUCUCUUAAAAUACAAAUCUAUUAUUAGCAGAAGAUUUUUCUGUAUAGUUGGCACACUAUACCUAUAUCGGUGUAUUACGAUGUAUGUAACUACACUGCCAGUACCCGGUAUGCAUUUCAACUGCUCUCCAAAGCUCUUUGGAGAUUGGGAGUCUCAUCUGAGGAGGAUAAUGAAAUUGCUUGCUGGAGGGGGGUUAUCUAUCACAGGAUCCCACAACAUGUGUGGUGACUAUCUCUACAGCGGCCACACAGUCAUGUUAACACUUACAUAUUUAUUUAUCAAAGAGUAUUCACCUCGGCGACUUUGGUGGUAUCAUUGGAUUUGUUGGGCUCUUAGCAUAGUUGGGAUGUUCUGUAUUCUCUUGGCGCAUGACCACUACACUGUGGAUGUGGUGGUGGCUUACUACAUCACUACAAGGCUUUUCUGGUGGUAUCACACAAUGGCCAAUCAGCAAGUGCUAAAAGAAGCUUCCCAAACUAACCUCCUUGCACGGGUGUGGUGGUACAGGCCCUUUCAGUACUUUGAAAAGAAUGUUCAAGGAAUUGUACCUCGCUCUUACCAUUGGCCCUUCCCCUGGCCGGUGCUGCAUCUCGGUAGACAAGCUAAAUACAGCAGAUUGGUGAAUGACACAUAACAGCUGUUAAAAGUGGGGGGGAAAGGAACUGUCCAAAGUGCUCAGAACUCCAUGAGAGAAGAUGCCAUAAAAAAGUGAACUGCUCCCUAAUCCUUUAUCUUUUAACCAUUUCCUUGACUUAACCAAUUCAGUUACCUGGAAAGCACUGUGAUCUUUUUUUCUCUCCAAAGGAUCUGCGUUGGACAACAAUAAAGAAAAUUUAACUUAUCAUGCACUGUAUACAUUUCUUGUUAAUAGAUUUGGGAUUUACAUUACCCAUCACCAUGUUCCUUUGUAUAUGAUGCGACAGCAUAAAUGAAAACUUUUAUAUCAUAUGUUCUGGUCUUUCCAGUCACAUCUGGGAAUAAAACGUAUUAUUUUCUUGGGAAAACAUACUUUUCAUAUCUCUUGCCCCAAAGAUUGGGCUGUAAGCCAUUUUCUAGCAAA